CUGUCUCAAAAAAAAAAAAGGCAUCUCACUUUAAUAGUAAGAGGCCAGUAUAUGAUGCUGGCAGCAUGUUGUGAGGAAAUGUAUUAGAUGAAAGAAGUUAAAUUCCAGUUCUCCUUUUUUCAGAAAUGAGGUAUAGGGGAGAGAAACACGUACUUGGAAAGAAUUGACCCAGCUGAAUUGGAAAAUGUGGGAAGGGGAUGGGGAAGAGGCUGCUCCACCUGAGAUCUGGCUCCAGGACUUACAGCAAGGGGAACUUGGGCAAGUUACAGCCUCUCUAUGCCUCAGUUUCUUUAUCAGCAAAACAGAAUCAUCCCAUAAACUAUAAGGUCGAUGGUAUCAGCGGGUCCCCAAACUGACUGCACAUCUGAGUCAUGUUAACAAACACAUUCCAGGCCCCACCUGAGCCCUCUGAAUCAGAAUCCCUGCAAGGAGGAUGAUGAACUUGUAUUUGCACUGACUUUCCCAGCUGUUUCUUACUCUGAUCAACUUGGGGGUAGGACCCAUUGAGCUGCAUCACAUCAUUCCAAAGCCAAAACACAACAGCAGGACAAGAAUAUUUUCAAGGCAGUCUCUAAAGCAGAGGAGAAACUGUUGAGGGAACCUAGAAGUAAAGGAGAUCUGGCUUGCUGGGCUCCAUUUGAACUUUGAGUACAACAGAGACAUGAGCCCUUCGGGACACAUGCCUGAGGUAGUGACAGUCCAACUUUGGAAGAGUGGAAGCCCUAGUUUCAAAUUCAAGCAUGCUUUGAGUAGAAAUUAAGUUUACCUGUUUUUGCACAGCAACAUGGCCAAUCUUUCCUAAGCUGCUCAGCUUACAAGAAAAGGAAUCAUACUGCUAAGAAUUCAAACUUCAGCAGUCAUAGUCCCUGGCCCCACCUCUUCUGCCACAAACGUCAGCAUGGUGGUAUCAGCCGGCCCUUUGUCCAGCGAGUAGGCAGAGAUGAACAUUCUAGAAAUCAACCAGAAAUUGCGCCCCCAGCUGGCAGAGAAGAAACAGCAGUUCAGAAGCCUCCAAGAGAAAUGUUUUGUAACUGAACUGGCCGGCUUCCUGGCCAACGGACAGAAGAAAUACAAAUAUGAAGAGUGCGAAGACCUCAUAAAAUCUAUGCUGAGGAAUGAGCGACGACAGUUCAAGGAGGAGAAGCUUGCGGAGCAGCUCAGGCAAGCUGAGGAGCUCAGGCAAUAUAAAGUCCUGGCUCACUCUCAGGAACGAGAGCUGACCCAGUUAAAGGAGAAGUUAUGGGAAGGGAGAGAUGCCGCCCGCUCAUUGAAUGAGCAUGUCCAGGCCCUCCUCACUCCGGAUGAGCCAGACAAGUCCCAGGGGCGGGACCUCCAAGAACAGCUGGCUGAGGGGUGUAGACUGGCACAGCAAGUUGUCCAAAAGCUCAGCCCAGAAAAUGACGAAGAUGAGGAUGAAGAUGUUCAAGUUGAGGAGGCUGAGAAAGUGCAGAAAUCAUCUCCCCCCAGGGAGAUGCAGAAGGCUGAAGAAAAGGAAGUCCCUGAGGACUCACUGGAGGAAUGUGCCAUCACUUGUUCAAAUAGCCAUGGCCCUUAUGACUCCAACCAGCCACAUAGGAAAACCAAAUUCACAUUUGAGGAAGACAAAGUCGACUCAACUCUCAUUGGCUCAUCCUCUCAUGUUGAAUGGGAGGAUGCUGUACACAUUAUUCCAGAAAAUGAAAGUGAUGAUGAGGAAGAGGAAGAAAAAGGGCCAGUGUCUCCCAGGCUCAGCAGGGAGCUGCUGGAUGAGAAAGGGCCUGAAGUCUUGCAGGACUCACUGGAUAGAUGUUAUUCAACUCCUUCCAGUUGUCUUGAACAGCCUGACUCCUGCCAGGCCUAUGGAAGUUCGUUUUAUGCAUUGGAGGAAAAACAUGUUGGCUUUUCUCUUGACGUGGGAGAAAUUGAAAAGAAGGGGAAGGGGAAGAAAAGAAGGGGAAGAAGAUCCAAACCCACCAUGCCCCAGGCUCAACGGCAUGCUGAUGGAAGUGGAAGAGCCUGAAGUCUUACAGGACUCACUGGAUAGAUGUUAUUCGACUCCGUCAAUGUACUUUGAACUACCUGACUCAUUCCAGCACUACAGAAGUGUGUUUUACUCAUUUGAGGAACAGCACAUCAGCUUCGCCCUUUACGUGGACAAUAGGCUCAACGGCGUGCUGAUGGAAGUGGAAGAGCCUGAAGUCUUACAGGACUCACUGGAUAGAUGUUAUUCAACUCCUUCAGGUUGUCUUGAACUGACUGACUCAUGCCAGCCCUACAGAAGUGCCUUUUACGUAUUGGAGCAACAGCGUGUUGGCUUGGCUGUUGACAUGGAUGGAAUUCAAAAGUACCAAGAAGUGGAAGAAGACCAAGACCCAUCAUGCCCCAGGCUCAGCAGGGAGCUGCUGGAUGAGAAAGGGCCUGAAGUCUUGCAGGACUCACUGGAUAGAUGUUAUUCGACUCCUUCAGGUUAUCUUGAAUUGCCUGACUUAGGCCAGCCCUACAGCAGUGCUGUUUACUCAUUGGAGGAACAGUACCUUGGCUUGGCUCUUGACGUGGACAGAAUUAAAAAGGACCAAGAAGAGGAAGAAGACCAAGGCCCACCAUGCCCCAGGCUCAGCAGGGAGCUGCUGGAUGAGAAAGGGCCUGAAGUCUUGCAGGACUCACUGGAUAGAUGUUAUUCAACUCCUUCCAGUUGUCUUGAACAGCCUGACUCCUGCCAGGCCUAUGGAAGUUCGUUUUAUGCAUUGGAGGAAAAACAUGUUGGCUUUUCUCUUGACGUGGGAGAAAUUGAAAAGGGGAAGGGGAAGAAAAGAAGGGGAAGAAGAUCAAAGAAGAAAAGAAGAAGGGGAAGAAAAGAAGGGGAAGAAGAUCCAAACCCACCAUGCCCCAGGCUCAACGGCGUGCUGAUGGAAGUGGAAGAGCCUGAAGUCUUACAGGACUCACUGGAUAGAUGUUAUUCGACUCCGUCAAUGUACUUUGAACUACCUGACUCAUUCCAGCACUACAGAAGUGUGUUUUACUCAUUUGAGGAAGAGCACAUCAACUUCGCCCUUUACGUGGACAAUAGGUUUUUUACUUUGACGGUGACAAGUCUCCACCUGGUGUUCCAGAUGGAAGUCAUAUUCCCACAAUAAACAGCCCUUACUAAGCUGAGAGAUGUCAUUCCUGCAGGCAGGACCUAUAGGCACGUGAAGAUUUGAAUGAAAGUACAGUUCCAUUUGGAAGCCCAGACAUAGGAUGGGUCAGUGGGCAUGGCUCUAUUCCUAUUCUCAAACCAUGCCAUUGGCAACCUGUGCUCAGUCUGAAGACAAUGGACCCACGUUAGGUGUGACACAUUCACAUAACUGUGCAGCACAUGCCAGGAGUGAUCAGUCAGACAUUUUAAUUUGAACCACAUAUCUCUGGGUAGCUACAAAAUUCCUCAGGGAUUUCAUUUUGCAGGCAUGUCUCUGAGCUUCUAUACCUGCUCAAUGUCAGUGUCAUCUUUGUGUUUAGCUCAUCCAAAAUUGUUACCCUGGUUUCAAUGAACCUAACCUCAUUCUUUGUG